CUCUCAACUCAAGCUUCGAUUUUUUUUUUUCUUUGGUUUUGGUUGCUGCGUUGAUUGGAUUGGAUUGGACUUUCUCUAUGAAAACCAUCAAAUGUCAUUUAGCUAUUGAAAUCUCCACUAAGAUAACAACUCUGAUGCUAUAAAAUCUUAAAAUCCUUAGAAGAAACUCUAUGAUAAUCGUUUUUCCAUUUAAACAAACAAAAAAAAAUUGCAAAAUCAGAAACAUACUUAAAUUGGACGCCAUGGUAGCCACGGAUAGAGAUUCGAACUCGUAGUUAGGCGGGUCUGGGCGGAUCUAGGCGGCGCCUAGGCGGUCUGGGAGGAUCUAGGCGGCCCCUAGGCGGUCUGGGUGGAUCUAGGCGGCUGCUAGGCGGUCUGGGAGAAUCUAGGAGGUUGCUAGGCGGUUUGGGAAGAUCUAGGCGGCGGAUAAGAGGUCUGGGAGGAUCUAGGCGGACUGAGCGAGUCUGGGAGCCAGGGCGGGUCGUGUCCUUUUUUUUCUUUUCCAAAUGAAGACAGCGAGAGACUCGGCCAUGACUUGGUCUCUGCCUUGUAUUCUCUACGCUACUUCAGAAUCAGAGAUGGGCUUAUUGUCUAUCAGUCGCUCUAGAUUCUUCCUUCUUAAAACCAGUUUGACCUGUGAAUAAGGAUAUUAAUCUUCCCUUUUAAUUAGUGUGUGUGUGUGUGUGUUUACUCUCGCCAACAUUUGGUCUGACCUGGGUUUGUGUAAAAUUACAUACAAAAUAAAGAGAGGAAGAAAAAGAAGAAGAAAAAUGCACCAAUUACUUUGCAGCUAAUAAGAAGCUAAGAAGCACGGACACGGAUAUGGAUACGGGGAUACGAUACGACACGACACGGGGAUACGACAAAUUUCUAAAAAUUAGGAUAUGAUACGUCGUGGAUACGGCAAUUUAAAUAAUAUAUAAUAAUUUUAAAAAUAACAAUAUAUAUAAUUUAUAACAUAUUUUAAAUAACAUAAAAAUGAUAAUAUUAUUACUUUUGAUAUUAUUACUUUUAACAUACUUCCACUUGUCUUGGUUAUAAUAUUAUUACUUUUAAUAAGACAAACAAAACAAAAUCCUUUAGUCAAAACGAUAAGACCAGCCAUCACGUGGGGUGUGGGUGAAACUGUGAAUAUUAAACAAACAAAAUCCUUUGACCUAAAAAGAACAAAACAAAAUCCUUUUGUCAAAGAAACAGAGAAGCACGCGUGAGAAAACAAAAUGAAAAUGGAGAAGAGAACCCGACGCCGCCGACAAUGAAGAAUGAAGAAGAAGAAAUUGAUGAGUAGGGGCGCCGCUGGAUGAACAAGAAAAAGGAAGAUCUGGGCUUCUUAAGGACGAAGAAGAAGAGUUGAUGAGCGGGGGCACCGCUGGAUGCAGAAGAAGAAGGAAGAUCUGAAAGAAGAAGUGGAGACGUUUCCUGAUACGCGUAUCCUAAACAUCAGAUACUCGUAUCUGUAAUAUCAGAUACGCGUAUCUUUUUGUCGUUGACCGUAUUCGCUUACUCGGAUACGUAUCCAUCGCGUAUCCGCACGUAUUCACAGCGUAUCGUAUCCCCUAGCGUAUCGGAUACGGAAUACGCACCUCAACCAGCGUAUCCGUGCUUCUUAGAUAAGAAGUUUCCUCGUCUCUGCAACUGCAACUUUGUUGGAGUAAAAGGUCUUCAGAAUCAGAAGGACCUUACGUGUCAGCGGAAGAAACGAGUAAUGGAGUCACCAACUGUAACGUGGAACCUACGUGUAAUAGAUAUCUCACUAUCUGAAACCUGACCUGUCAGGCUGUCACCUGAGAAGAAAAGGACAGAAAACCCAUGCCAUAUAUAUAUGCAACAUUCCGCCAUUUUCUCCUCUCAACUCUAGUUAUUUUAAACCCUAAUUUGUAGCCUUCAAUCCAGUUCUCUCUAUUUGCUUAUUGCACGUAAUAUUUUCCAAGUUGAGAAAUAUGAAAUGAUGAAAGAAAGCAUGCUGAAUUUGAAGUCCUUGAAUCACAUCUCAUUGGUGUGCAGAUCAGUUGAGAAAUCCCUUGAUUUCUACCAGAGUGUUCUUGGGUUCUUCCCCAUUAGGAGGCCUGGCUCCUUUGACUUUAUUGGUGCAUGGCUAUUCAAUUAUGGCAUUGGCAUACAUCUUCUCCAAUCUGAAGACCCUGAUAAAAUGCCCAAGAAGAUCACCCAGAUUAAACCCAAGGAUAACCACAUUUCUUUCCAGUGUGAGAGCAUGGUCACAGUGGAGAAAAAUUUGAAGGAGAUGGAGAUAGAGUACGUGAAGCGCAGGGUGGAGAAGGGUGGAAUCUACGUUGAUCAGCUUUUCUUCCACGACCCUGAUGCCACUAUGAUUGAGAUCUGUAAUUGUGAUAACCUUCCCGUAAUACCCCUCACGGGAGAGCCAGUCAGGCCCUGCAAUGCCUAGAAACAACAACAACAGCAGCAGCAGCAGAUGGCAUGCCUCCCUUCUAUACACAUCAAGGUAGAUUACCUUCCUUGUUCAUAAAUUGUAAGGUGCGGAUCAUUACAUGUGAAAAUUUGAUUAACCAACUUGAAAACUUAUCUAGUUUUUUAAUUUUUAGUUGAUAGCGCCUGAAAUCUUGUCUGUUUUAACUUUUCUAGCUGUCUUGAUUGAGUAACCAAAUAUGAAAAUGAUCUUACCUAUAAGAGCAAGGGAAACCAAAAACAUGAGGCAUAAACAGAUAAUAUAUAAGCUGGCAGUAAAAUGAAACUUACCCACCACAUCACAGGAUGAUGAGGACAUCUGCUUAAAUGAAAAAACAGAAGAACUGAGAGCUCCCUUCAGUCCAAAACAUAGAGCAAGUGCAUCUCAUCAUCUCAUAGCCGCGCUGUUCUGUUUUGGGCUGCAAGGAGCACCCAUUUCUGCAAUUUCCCCAUGAAGUCAAGGAGGAGAAAGACAAAAAUGGAAUGGCUCAUGACUUGGUUCAAGCUCUUCAACCACUCUUUCUAAAACAUAAAUGCUUGCAUGACAGCAACAAAGUGAAAUACAAUACAAGCAUUGAAAUUGAUGCCUAGCAUGCAUUGAUUAGAAGAAAGAACUGGGCACCAUGAUGACUUGAUGAGUGACAUCUAACUGACAAGAGAAUCUUCAAUAACAUACAAAGGUAAAGGUGACAACAAGUUUUCAAUUUUUUCUCAAAAACAGUAAAGUAAUUCCCAACUGUGGUUGCUAACUACACCUCAGUUUUCUUUUUCUUGUUCCUCUUAAGGAAAUGAAAUAAUUCCCCACAUUAGUCUUAUGAUACAUGUUCUUUGCAUCCAACAUUAAUUCCUUUCUUUCUCUGGCUCUCACUUCAAUUUAGCUAAUAGAUUUAGUAA